UGUGAGAGUGUCUUCCUAAGCCUUGCUGUCUCUGUAAGAAAAGGAGUUAGUGGUAUUUUUUACUAGUUAUUAGAUCUUUAAUUCACAGAGUUUGAGUGGCUGCAAUAAAGCAUUUCCAUCUACUUGGUCUAUUACAACAUCACCAACUAAAUCAAAGGGCUUUGUCCUAGUAAUUCUGUAUGACUUUAUGCAUAAAAUUCCAAGCUAGGCAUUGACAGAAAUCGCUACUGGUUUGAUUUAUCAUCUCCGUUUGCUACUAAAAUCCUUUGCUCCUGAAAUCCAUUAGAGCAAUGAGUGAUUUCAGCUGAUGCUUUCAGCCUGUUUCAUGUUCUGUUCUGUGGGCCAUAGGUCCCAUCAGUUAUUUUCUUCUGCAUUACAUUAAAGCUUUCUUGUGAUCUCAUCCUCAAACAUACAUAAUGUGAAACCAAAAAAACACAGGCCACCCUGACCUUAAAGUUAAGGAGCUCAAUGAUGUUUUCUGGAAGUGUUUUUGUUAGAUGUUAUUCUUGGGUGUAUUUUGAACUUUUUCACUGCGGCUGUGUUGCUGUAAGGGUGAAAGUCUCACGGGUGCCCAUGUUAACAGCUGAAGUUUUGGGAAGUGGCGUAGAUGAAUAAAAUGGAGGUAGCACUGCCUGUAUAUCUCGCUGACUUAGUGUGGCAGACUGCCUGUGUUUCCAUUUGUACUUCUCAGCAGUGUGCUACGGAAGCCCAUCCUUUGUCAGCCCUUUCUUAAUCGCAUUGUGUUUGCUGGUUUCCUCAGCCCUGCAUUUUGAUGGAGGCUAAUCCCAGCGUAUCUGCGUGGCUGAGCAGCAAUUUUUUAUCCUCACACACACAUUUCCUCCUCAAUCCUCAGCUCUUUUUAAUCGCCCCGUGUAUUUGGGAGCAGCUCUUAGCUGUGAAUGUGCUGGGGGGGUGGCAGCUAGCCUAGCAUGUGAGAAUCAAAUGCUGCUUUCUGUCUUUCGCACCUCUAAGCUACUGAGUCACCGUUUCAUUCUCUAUGCAUAUAUAUGCAUAAUGCAGUGAAAUUAUUAUCCUUGUGGAGACACAGGCUGUCGGUGUCCUUUUAAUUCUAUGCCUGUGCACAGCAGCAGCCCACGGUGCUUAACGUCAAGCACCUGUCUUGAUCCAGUAUGGAAAUUCCCAAGCCCAUUGAUCACUUGCUUCUGCAUUACCUAGAGGUGUACCAGUACUCGACCAGGGGAGACCGGAAUGGAUGUGACCAGCCGAUGCACACUGGGAGAUCCUAACAAGCUGCCGGAAGGGGUGCCGCAGCCUGCUCGUAUGCCUUACAUCUCCGACAAGCACCCUCGACAGACUCUGGAAGUCAUCAAUCUUCUCCGGAAGCACCGGGAGUUGUGUGAUGUGGUGUUGGUGGUAGGUGCCAAGAAGAUCUAUGCUCACAGGGUGAUCCUGUCCGCCUGCAGCCCGUACUUCCGAGCCAUGUUCACUGGGGAGCUGGCAGAGAGUCGGCAGACAGAAGUGGUGAUCAGAGACAUCGACGAAAGGGCCAUGGAACUGCUCAUUGACUUUGCCUACACCUCUCAGAUUACUGUGGAAGAGGGAAAUGUCCAGACCUUGUUGCCAGCUGCUUGCCUUCUCCAGCUGGCUGAGAUCCAGGAGGCCUGCUGCGAGUUCCUUAAGAGACAGUUGGACCCUUCCAAUUGCCUGGGCAUCCGAGCUUUUGCUGACACUCACUCGUGCCGUGAACUGCUGAGGAUUGCUGACAAGUUCACCCAGCAUAAUUUCCAGGAGGUAAUGGAGAGCGAGGAGUUCAUGCUGCUUCCUGCCAAUCAGCUCAUAGACAUCAUAUCCAGCGACGAGUUAAAUGUUCGCAGUGAAGAGCAGGUGUUCAACGCAGUGAUGGCCUGGGUGAAAUACAGCAUUCAGGAAAGAAGACCCCAGCUGCCACAGGUCCUGCAGCACGUUCGCCUGCCACUGCUGAGUCCCAAGUUUCUUGUGGGCACAGUGGGCUCUGAUCCUCUUAUUAAGAGCGAUGAGGAAUGCCGGGAUUUAGUGGAUGAAGCCAAAAACUAUCUCCUGCUACCCCAAGAGCGACCGCUGAUGCAAGGACCGCGGACUAGACCACGCAAACCCAUCCGUUGUGGAGAGGUGCUCUUUGCAGUGGGGGGCUGGUGUAGCGGGGAUGCAAUCUCCAGCGUGGAACGGUAUGACCCUCAAACCAAUGAGUGGAGGAUGGUGGCUUCCAUGAGCAAAAGGCGCUGUGGCGUUGGUGUCAGUGUUCUGGAUGACCUUCUGUAUGCAGUGGGAGGCCACGAUGGUUCCUCUUACCUGAACAGUGUAGAAAGGUACGAUCCAAAGACCAAUCAAUGGAGCAGUGAUGUGGCCCCCACCAGCACCUGCAGGACCAGUGUUGGAGUAGCAGUUCUUGGGGGCUACCUUUAUGCAGUGGGUGGCCAGGAUGGUGUCUCUUGCCUCAACAUUGUGGAAAGGUAUGAUCCCAAAGAAAACAAAUGGACUCGAGUGGCUUCCAUGAGCACCAGGCGCCUGGGAGUUGCAGUGGCUGUUUUAGGGGGCUUUCUCUAUGCAGUGGGAGGCUCUGAUGGAACUUCUCCUCUCAAUACAGUGGAACGAUACAAUCCUCAGGAGAACCGCUGGCAUACGAUUGCACCCAUGGGGACGAGGAGGAAGCACCUGGGCUGUGCAGUGUACCAAGACAUGAUAUAUGCUGUGGGAGGCAGAGAUGAUACGACGGAGCUUAGUAGUGCUGAGAGAUACAACCCUCGAACCAACCAGUGGUCUCCUGUCGUGGCCAUGACAUCCAGACGGAGCGGAGUUGGCCUUGCAGUGGUGAAUGGACAGCUAAUGGCCGUGGGAGGGUUUGAUGGCACAACGUACUUGAAGACCAUUGAGGUGUUUGAUCCAGAUGCUAACACAUGGAGGUUGUACGGAGGGAUGAACUACCGGCGGCUGGGAGGAGGAGUGGGUGUUAUCAAAAUGACACACUGUGAAUCCCAUAUAUGGUAAGCACCAAGAGAGAGGGAGACCCCCUGGUUCCCAUUCCUAGAUCAACUGAAGAGACUUGCUGACACUGGACUCUUUGUGGCUCUCGUAUGGACGGUCUAGACCUCAUGUAACUCUUUGCCAUUGGUUCUUUCUAUGGAAUUAUAAAAUGACUUCUGUGAGAGUGUGCCCAAUGGGAGACCACACUGUCAGACUCCAGGGAAUCACUGGACAAAAGUAGAAGUGUUGCUUAUGUCCAUAUUUUUUUCUAACUAGUCUACAAUUUUGAAUAAACCAAACUGUACAAUUCACCAUAGCAUAAACAAUGCCAAUGCACAGACUACAAGCUACAAUGGGAAUCUGGCAAGGAGAGUUUCCUGCCUUUCCCUCCUGCUGUGAGCAUUGGAUGUGGCAGCUGUGUUGGUGGGUGAAAGAGGAAGGUGAUAGAGAAAACAUUGCUUUUGCCUUAUUUACAGAGAGCUUCAAAAAAGAUAAAAGUACUUGACCUGCAAGGUGCCACCUUUGCACAGAAGCUUUCCUGUGCACAGAGUAUAUUUAUUUUUUCAUUUAAUUUGUAUCACGUCUUUUCUUUGUAUUGCUCACAGCGCUGAUUCCAGCUUUUUAUAUACAUAUAUAUGUGUGCAUAUAUAUGUAUUUUAUAUAUAUGUAUAUGUGCGUGUGCAAUUUGAGUUUUAAUGAGUUGAUGGUUAGGGCAGGGCUAUGUCCUGCAAGCUGUUGUGGUUCCAACCCUGGUGGUAUGUAGUUGGGUCUCAGAGUAUGGAAGAGCUAUGGGUACCCUGGGUGUCUUUUCAGUCUUGCUGGAGGCAAGAAGUAGAACUGGAACUCUCAUCUAUCGACUGAAUCAGUGAAAGGCCAUAAAAGAAGGUGAGAGUGAAAAGGAUUUCAUAUGAUGCCUUUUUACUGUACAGUGUAUGGUACAAAAGUUCAGCUUUUGUCCCUCACCUCCUCUGUAUAUGAACCUAGAAACAACUAGCUGUUGCUUAUUUAAAUAAGUCUCAUAUAUUCAGCAGGCAACCACUUCUUCUGUGAAGCUGGUAGGCAGGUAUCAUCUGUUAAUUCUGGCUAGCCUAGAUCAACACUCACCUCUCAGGUUCUUGUUAGAAUGGCAGACCCGCAGUCGAGUCAGCUCCUGCUGUGAAAUGCUUAGACCAGCAUCACCUCAGCUGCCCUCCUGCCUCUCAUCUGUGUCUCUAGAACUCCUGUUGUAAAACACUGACCACGAUGAGGUGGUGCACUCCCUUUUGAUGAUUUGUUGAAAAUGCACUUUCUCUGUUCUUGGCUAGAGCAGGAAAAGGUCUGAAAUCGUGGAAGUUUGGAAGGGAGGGACUGUUUGCCGGCACUGUGAAUUACUGUCAUGUUUUGGUGAGUGCAGAGGUACCCAGGGUAGGGAGAGAGGAAGGAGGCACUGUGGACUCAAAGGUUCUGAUACAUUUGUCUGUACUGUAAGUACUGUCUGUACUGAGAAGACCUGUUGCACCUGAUUUAACUUUGGACCUUAUUAAAUCUGAUUUUAAAAGGACUGUGAAUUCUUGAGAUGAAGGCAGUGCUGACAUCUUGAGUUCUGAUCUCCAUCGUUUGAUUUAUGUAACAGCAUUUUAAUGUGCUUGAAUAUAGUAGAAGCUACACUACAGUAAUAAAUGGGUCAUUAAAAGUUUUUUUAAAAGUUCCUUUUCCCCUAAAGGUUGGUAUUCUUACGUUUACAUAUGAAGAUCAUUUGCACCUUUACAAGGAAAACAAGUAUUCUGUAAACAAAUGUUUACAUUUAUCAUUUAUGCUUUUUUCUAGCAUGAGUAACUUGUAUAAAUAGUGCUAUCUUAAUAAAUUUCUUCUAUGCUA